UCGAAAGGCUCAGCGCGCUCGUGAGACAGCGUCUGCGGCAAGCAGUCGAGGAUCGAAGUGCUGCGAUUUGUCCCGUGGAAGACCUCAAGGUUUAGGGUUCUUGCUCACGAAAACUCAUCAUCGCACGACGAUGAGUUUUCGACUUGCGGGAUUGAAGUGCUUCAUCGAUUGAAGCGUCGAUUGAUUGAUUCGUCGACGCCGAGUGUGCGAUUCUUGCGCUCGUGGAAGAAUGUCAAGUGUUUAGAGAUGUCUCCGAGCUAGAACGACGUCGUGUUGUAGAUCGUGGUCUGAGGGCAGGAGAGAGAUUGCUCUGUUUUGGUUCGGUUGGUUCAGGUGUUGAGCUUUUAGCGCCGUAUUGGAGCUGGCACGGAGCGGCGUGAAGCCAGAUGGUCGUGCGUGCGAUGCAAGCGGAGCCGAUUACCCGAUUGAUCUUCUGUCGAACUUCGGUAGAAUAUGAUCGAGGAACCCAGUGCUUUGAAAACUGAAAGACAGUCUGCAUUUUGCAGCAGUUGAGAAAUCAUGCACAACAAUCUGUACAGUUGACUCGUGGCGGUAUCGAAGCUGAACAAGUUCGUCAUCCUUCCAUCACGGUUGCUUAGGUUUGUUUGGACUUUCCGCCGCAGUAGAGUAGAGGUUACUGGAGGGCAGGAAGAAUGGCAACCUCGAUGCAGGAUUAUUUGAAAAGGUAUAACGCCACUACCACCACGAGAGGGGACGACGAAAUAAAAGUGAAGCCGAAGAAGAAACGAAAGGUGAAGGGAGGAGCGUCGAGUAAGCUGGGCAACGGCGUUGUGAUCGUUGACAACGAUGGUGUAUGGAAAAAGGAGGGAAAGCUCGACGACGAUGACCCGCCCGACGACGAAGCAGACAAGCCCACGGUCAUCGAAGACGUCGAUGUGAAGGUAAUGCAUCGGAUGGAGGCUCUGAAGUCUCACCGGCCUUAUCUUUCUGUCGCAAACGACGGGAGUGGAUGGGUGACAGUGAAAGAUGACGCGGAGGAAGGCAGGGAUGAAAUUUCCGGAGAUUCGGAGAGGAAUAGGAGAGUUGAAUCUAGAGACCUAUCUCCUCCGAGAAACCGAACCGAUUCAUUUGGCCUAUCGCCUCGAAAGAGUAGAAAUGAUUCUCCAGACAUGUCUCCCCCGAGGAGGAGGAAGCAGGAAGACAUGUCACCUCCAAGGAAAAGGAAUGGUUCUGUUGACGUGUCACCUCCGAGGAGAAAAAACAUAGACCUGUCACCUCCAAGACGGAGAAAUGGUUCACCUGACAUUUCUCCACCGAGGAGGAGAAAAGAUGCAAAUUUAUCACCUCCGAGAAGAAGAAAUGGCUCUCCCGGCACAUCAUCUCCGCGGUGGAGGAAAGAUGCAGAUUUGUCACCUCCGAGAAGAAGAAAUGGCUCUCCUGACAUAUCACCACCGAGGAGGAGGAAAGAUGCAGAUUCGUCACCUCCGAGAAGAAGAAAUGACUCACCUGAAAUGUCACCGCGGAGGAGGAAGGAUGUAGAUUUGUCACCUCCGAGGCGAAGAAACGACUCACCUGACACAUCACCACCGAGGAGGACGAGGAAGGAUACAGAUUUGUCACCCCCGAGAAGAAGAAAUGGCUCACCUGAUAUAUCGCCCCCGAGGAGGAGAAAAGACACAGAUUUGUCACCUCCACGGAGGAAUCCAACUCGAAAUGACUCCCCCGACUUGUCGCCACCGAGGAAAAAAGUCAGUAGAUUUGGAGAGGCAAUGGAAGGGAAAAAUACGAAAAAACCCAGAAUGGCUGAUGGAUCAGUGGGAGGACUCAAGACCGAAAAGGAAGUUGUGGAAGAGAUACAGCGGAAGAAGGCCAUGGAAAAAAAGGCUCUUGCGGAUUUGGAUCCAUCUGAGAGUGGGCGAGGUGCCGAGACAGUGUACCGUGACAAAAGAGGCAGAAGGCUGGAAGGUUUGGAAGAGCUUCUUAGACAGCAGAAGGGGGAGGCCAAACCUGUAGAGCAGCCAUUAGAAUGGGGGAAGGGUCUUGCGCAGAAGAAGGAAAUGGAAGCCAAGUUUGCGGAGCUAGAAGCAGAAAAGAACAAGCCUUUUUCCCGCACUCGAGACGAUGCAGAGCUGGAAAAGAGUCUCAAAGAAGCAGUGCGCUGGGGAGAUCCCAUGGCUCACCUUGUGAAGAAGAAGAUGCCUGAACCCGUUUUGCCAGAUUUCGGUGCGAGCGAGGAGAUGAAAGCGUCAGGGUUUAUUGUUCCCCAAGACAUACCAAGUCACAGCUGGCUCAAGAGGGGCAUAGCACCUCCUGCGAACCGUUAUGGCAUAAAACCAGGUCGACAUUGGGAUGGAGUGGACCGCAGUACUGGUUAUGAAAGGGAUAUGUUUAAGGCUAAGAACGAGAAGCAGGCCAUGGAGCGAGAAGCAUAUUUGUGGUCUGUAUCGGACAUGUAGAGGGAGGAUAUGUUUGUCACCAAGAGACCAGAUCUUGUGAUCGCGCGGAAGUUGGUAAAUACAUUACAUCUGCUGUUUUGGAGUUGGAAAUCAACUCCUGUCUUGACAUCCAUGGGCCGCGAUGUGACUUCAUCUCUCAAUUGAACUUACAAAUCAUCAGGGGGACUUCAGUUUGCUCUGCCUGAUGCCAUUGUGGCACUGCUGUACUCUUCAGGGGCCAAGUUCUCCAGUACAGCACCAGCGAAAGUCGAAUGUCGGCCAACAUGUAGUGGCUUGUAUGAAGGCCUGAGAACAGAAACAAAUUCCGAGUAGCAUAUCGGAAGCCCGCCUCGAGGACGAUUGAUUGUGAUGUUGGAGGUGCCGUACUACAUUUCAAAGUCAAACUGGGUCCUGUAAAUAGCGAUCACUCCUGGAGUAGUAGCUCGUAUUUCCGGAAAGAGGUAGAUGAGGCAGAAUGAAUGAGGGUAGGCUGAUCUCUUCAUGCACAUUAUAUUUGUUAAGGGCUCCAUGGGGCAUAGACGAAGUUCGCACCGAAUGGAGUUAAUCUGUCGACUAUCUUCGAUGGUUUCGCAUGCAUGCAUGUUGGACUUGGUUAUGUCUUGGAUCUAUGAAAAUCGGUAAACCAGACGCUUCCCUUCUGCACAAUUCUCUUAAAGGAGGGCAAGUUGAAGACAAUCUUGUUUGAAAACCCGCUAGCUGUACUAAGUUCCCGAGGGAGGAAAUUUUCAAGCCCUCAGGACGGACUGGCUCAGCCACGUCCUUAGUCAUGCACUCGCCUGAUAUCACACAGCGGGGAGGUGAGACCAAAGUUUCGGGCUUUCAGACCAAAGGAUGGCGACACUUAAAAGCUUGAAGUUCAGAGCAUCUAGCUCACUCUCAGUGAGAUGCUGUCAAGCGGUACUGACAGUCAGUGUGCCAGAACGAUGUAGUCAACAUUGACUUGAAUCCUUGUCUGGCAACCAGCGAGGCGAAAGGUCCCAAAGAAAAUAGAUUUUUUUAUGUACUGGUACACUGUAAAGACGCCCUGGACGUCUUCGGACGGGGAAUAACUAAACCCUGUUGUGGUUUUCCAGUUCACCAAGCUCUACUCUGCCACCAACGAAAUACCUCUUAACUGUCGAAUUGACUGAACGACUUACCGAAGUCAUGUGGCUUUGUGAAGCUCCGUAUCGGAAUGUACCAAAUACCUGCCACUUGCCAAUGUGUUGUCACAUCUAGUGAUACGCUCCAUCCCUCUCUAUAUCUGACUCCUUUUAAGCUGAAGCAUGUAGGAAACGGUUGACAUCCCUCAGGCUAUCCAGGAAGGAUAUAAUCGCAAGGAGUUCUCUGAGAUGUUCAAUGAAACUUUUCCCACAUAUUCUCAACAAAUGGUUCCGCACAAAAUGGUUGCAGUACUCGUAGCCCUUGACCGAGGACGAUAUCUCCUUACCAAACACGCAAGAGCACUUCCUCGAUGUCGUUAGGAACUGUUUAAUUCUUUGAGAUGUCGUUAGAAGCUGUUUAACUGUU